UUAUGACGUUUGUAGUUUUGUGAAAGAGGUGUCGGAUUAUUCGUGUUUAUUUGCAUAGAAAACCUUUGAAAUGGCUGCUGAAAUUAAGCCUGCACCUAGAACACCUAAUGACAGGUUCUCAACUACCAAAAAACCUGCGUUGUUGAAUAAAUUAGAAGGGUGCACCGACGACGUCAACGCUGCAGUUGUAAUUCCAGGGGAGGAUGGAGUAAUUAGCGUUUGCGAUGAUAAGACAGUACGAGUAUGGCUCAAGAGAGACUCCGGGCAGUACUGGCCAAGUAUUUGUCAGUAUAUGCCAUCAGGAUGCACGUCAAUGUUCUACACUCCAGAAACACGUCAACUGUUCAUUGGCCAGGAGAAUGGAACAGUGUCAGAGUUCACAUUAGCUGCAGACUGCAAUAGAAUCAAUCCAUCCCGGGAAUACCUGGCGCACACCGCGCGGGUGACAGCCGUUGUGUUCUCCCUGAGCUGUGAGUGGGUGCUCUCCGUGAGCCGGGACAAGCUGUUCGCGUACCACUGCAGCGAGACCGGCCGCAGGAUCGGCGGCUACUCCUUCGAGGCGUGGUGCACCGCUUUGCAGUUCGAUUCCCAGUCAAAAUACGCGUUCGUGGGCGAUUACAGCGGGCAGAUAACUAUGCUGAAGUUAGAUAACAACGGCGCUACUCUAGUCACCACUUUAAAAGGACACAGUGGAUCAGUGCGAGUCUUGAACUGGGCACCUCUACCUCAACUUCUGUUUAGCGGGUCUUUCGACCAGACAAUAAUCGUUUGGGACAUCGGGGGACAAAAAGGCACGGCGUACGAACUUCAAGGCCAUAGCAACAAAGUAACAGGUCUAUGGUACGUGGGUAGUUGCGAACGGCUGGUGUCAGCGGGCGAGGACUGCGCGCUUGGUGUUUGGGAGAUGGGUGUGCGGCGACGCGAGACUCCUGCGUGGAAGGAGUCCGAUCUGUGCCAGAUUUGCCGCGCGCCUUUCAUAUGGAAUGUGCGGGCUAUGAUGGAGAAGAAACAGCUUGGCCUGAGGCAGCACCACUGCCGCUGGUGCGGCGCGGCGGUGUGCGGCGCGUGCUCGCCGCACCGGCUGCCGCUGCCGGUCAUGGGCUUCGAGUUCCCGCAGCGCGUCUGCACCGUCUGCUACGACACGCUGCGGCACGAGCCUCGCGAAUCGCUAGCGUCAUUCCACGAUAUGAAACACGCUGUAGCAUCUCUAUACGUGGACGAAGCUACGGGAAGAAUGUGCACAGCGGGCAAAGACCGCGUCAUCAAGGUGUGGGAUAUCAGCGUGCUACUCGCACCGGGCCCCAAACCCGGCACCAGCGUCCAAUAGCCACUGUAAGUCGAAAUAGAUUCUAUCGCGACGACCGUAAAGUUCGGAUUCGCUAAAGUGUCACCAUAUACCAUUUAAUUGAUAUAGGACCUCAGUGCUAGCGCCAUUUUCAGCAUCGCUACCACUUGAUAAUAGAUUCUAUUGCGAUAUAAAUUAAGUUUAUAUUCGUUGUCUAGUGUUAACAACGCGUCUAGUUGUAGACGUUUGUUCAACAACGGUCCGCUUGCAGUCGAUGAAAGAUUCUACUGCAUUAUACACAGAGUUCAGAUUUGAUGAACUGAUCCUCAAAAGUGCAGAUGCAAAUAAUGUUCCAGUCCACAGUCAUACACAUAUUACAUUAACCUCUUCGCAUGUUCAAUUAACCUUCCUUGAGAAAUCAACGACUAUCGCUAGUCAAAGUAGAUCCUGUUUUGAUCGACCUAAAGUUUGAAUUCGCUUAAAUGUCAAUCAAUGUACUAUUUCAUGGUGAUUACUGAAUUUACUUCACUUGUAUCGAGAACUUUUUCAGUGGUUGUAAUCAUCACCAUCCACUUUUAUUGAUAAAUUAAUUCCUUAGAUAUUUUUUGUAUGCUUUAGCUUAUCCGAUAUACUGAUUUUGGAUGUUAAAAUCGGCUUUUCUGUUAUCGAUAUAUUGUACUAAUUAAAAAUGUUAAGUUAAAACAUUCAUACUUUAAUACAGCUUAAUAUUUAUAUUUUAAUAUGUGUUAUUUUGUUGGUAAUCAUUAUCUUUCGUCAUUAAACUAAGACUGAGCCUUUCCUGUUCAGAGUAAUUAUAGGGUUGAUAAGAUCAAAAUAUGGAAUAACUAAAAACGUUCCAUUAAAAUAUUAUAUUUUAUUUAUACAUAUUCGGAUCUCUUUAUUGAAUUGUUUCAAUUAAAUAGUAUUUACUACCGAAGGCGGAGUAGCUCGGUGAUUUUGCUUUAGCGCAAAUAGUCCCGAGUUUGUUUCCCGGCUGGGUUUACAAAAUGUUCGUUUCUAAACUGACUCGGGUGUGAUGAGAGAAGUCUAACUUCAUCGUCUGUUAACUCGUUACACCAGCAGAGCUACUCUCCACAAUCUAUCUCUCUCACUCAUGGAGGAAUGUUGCUAUGAGUGUCAGCGAUAAGUAGACCCAUAAAACGAAAACGGCGUUUGAGAGUAGCCCCGAAGUCAUGCCUUGACUAUUCUUAUCAUCUACAUAAAGCGCAUAUUUGUUAAGAUUAUUGUAUGUUAUGCAGCGUUAUUAAAGCCACAAUGUAUGAACCGUGGCCACAAACCCUGAUGAAUGUAAACCAGCCAAAUGUAAUUAAUUACUUACUAGAUGAGCAAGCCUUAUUCUAUCAUAUACUUACCUGUUGCGAAAAAUGUUUCAAGCUUUAAAAAAUCAUUCAUUUGGAACCUCGUCAUAAUGCGUAAAGUAUGAUGAUGUCAACAUUUACGAAAUUUUAUCCUUUAAAAAAUAUUGUCCCACGUUUUAAUGUUAUGAAUUGAUAUUUUGGAUUAUUUUAUUAGCUAUAUAGCUACAGAUUAUAAUUUAUUACUUCCAUACAUCCCUAGACUUGUCCUACUAACCUACUGAAAACCUCCUAAAAAUAUAUUAAUAACAAUAAGUAUCCAUCUUAGAUAUAAAGUUCAUUAUUAUAAAAAAUAAUACCUAAAUUGGGAUUCUAAAUGAGCUUUUCACGUCUAAAAGCUAAAUGAAUUAAAUAGUAGGCAAUCAGACUUGAUACUGUUAACUUUCAUACUUAGAUAAAUAUUUAGCGCUAUCGUAUUCCAUGGUCAUAUAUGACAAUAAAUAAAUGUUAGUUACAAAGUGAUGCAAUAGGGUUAUCGCAGACGAUUAUUUCGGUGUUUCAUUGCCCUUUUCCCUUACUUCUAAGCGUAUUUUCACGACCUAUGAGACGUUUUGUUUCGUGUGCGAUAACCCUAAAUUCGCUUUAAAUCUGUAAGACAACUACUACUUUAGCUUAUAAAUAUACAGCUUAAGCAAACGGGGUGUGGACUUUCAUAGAAUUCGUGUAGUGUUUUAAAUCAAUGAAUGUCAAUCAGUUAAUUAUUGCCAAGAAAACCUUGUCUCUCGGAUGUCCGGUUGUUAACUGACGCACGACAGGCCUACAAUAAUAACUAUGCUCAUGUCGAAAGCGUUUCUCAUAGCAAAAGUAUUUUAACCUUUACCUACAUAGAUCCAGGGCGCAGUUAAAUCCGCGUCGUAUGGCAUAACGCCCCUUGAUAAGGCCCGUUCAUAGUUUAGUUUCAAUUGUUUUAUUCAUUCAAAUUUUAUUAGUAAUGUGUACUUUGAACUGUUGUCACUUUCUUCUAUGCCUAUUGGUCAAAAUGUUAUUUCAACAAUUUAUUGUUUGUGUAUGAUUCAAAUGGCAGAUUACCAAUUCGAAUUUAAAGUUCGACGGUGAGGAUUAAUUCUGAACCUUACGCGAAAAGAGAAGACAUACAUUCUAAUUUAGAGUAAUUUCGAUAUAGCUAGAAAAUAAUAUAUUCUAACAUGUAAGCCUAGAGUUGAAAAUCGUAUUUACCCAAAGGAAUGUUGUUUCAAUGAUGGUUUUCGAGUUGGAUGUGUGAACGGGCCUUUACAUCCGCGCAUGCUCAAAGUCGUAGCAUGUGCAUGCUUUCAAUAUGGAUUAGGGUUGGAAUGUCAACCAAUUGGUCUUAUUUGUAACAUUGUAACAAUUGGAACAUAUAAAUUAUUAAGCCACGUGUCUAUUCAGGCCAUUGUGAUGAAUGGCACGCUCAUAGUUCCGCGCUAGAUUUGAAAACCUAAUGAUAUGUGGGUAAACAAUCGUGCGUGAUAUAAAUGCAAAUUACUGAUUUGCGAUUCACGUGCUAUCAUUACAGUUUACGAUGUUUUACUUAUUGAUACAACACGCGUUAAUUGGAUUCUGUUGGUGUUAUUGUUGUAUGAAAAUGUGCCAGUAAUAUUAAUAAACUACAACUUCUUCAAUCUGAAAAGUUCAAUAGAGGUUUAAGAAAUGCUAUUUUUGGUGUUAGUUUACAGUUUAAAAGCACUAAAAAUAUAACAUUAGUAAAAUAUUUAUGUUAAAAAUAUUGGCUACAUCUGUACUUGUCAACGAUUCAUGAUUAUUGUCUAGGGGCCUUCUAAAACUACAUUAGUUAGUUUUUCUGUAUUCUAAAUUUAUCGCUGUCUGUACGAUACUUUAUAUAAAUAUACACAAAUUGUUGUCUUUGACAGUUUGGCUAGUUAUAUGUAGUAGGUAUAUUCAUUGGGAAGAGAUAGUUUAUUAAAUAAAUUGUUCAUUAAUUCCAACCUUAAACUGAGCAGACUUUUUGCUAUGUUUUAAACAUUAGGAUUUUUUCGCGUUAUUUUUUGUCUUGCUAAUAUUGUAUAAUAAUGUGAACAAACAUCUAAAUUAUGUCAUUAAAGUCUGCUUAGCUAGACAUUAUAGGGUAUUUACCUUGGCAGUCAAAUGGUGCAACAUGUUAGGUCCCUUGUGCCGUCGAACGGUACUUGCAAAAGCCUUGUCGAAAUCUAUAGAAAAGUUAUGAAUUCUGCUGAAAGUAGUUUUAACGAUAAGUACUAAGUCCCUGAGAAAUAUAAUCUCCGUGGUCUCGUAUUCCUCAAAUCACACAACGUUUAUGGUUUAUGACCCUGUUUUAAUUUCCAUGGAUUUUGUAAGGGGGGUUUUUUUGCAGUAUCGUUUGGAGCCACUUUUGCAUUGAUCACUCCUUUCGCUGAGGACCAAUUGAAGUUUAAAUUGUGUAUAAAUUAAAUUAACGUGUCCUUGUAUUAUAAAAAGACAUGUUAUGAAAUUGGACUAGCGUAGGGUCGUACUUGUUCGAAGUUUAAUGUAAAAAAAUGUAUAGAAAUGUAUUUAUAGACUUGAAAUUGAAAACGAAAAAAACAAUAUGUAUGCAAAUAAUGUUUAUUAUACAUACAUAGAUUACGAAUUAAAUAUUAUGUUAUACGUUUUAUUAAAUAUAAAUGAGUAUUGCCAAACUUAAUGAAUCAAAAUAUAAAGAAAAUGUUUAAUAUUUUUAAUUCAAAAUUAUAUUGUCAUAUGUUGAACUUAUCUUGUAUUACUUACUCGUGCUAACUAUAAUUAAUUUUAUAAUUUAUUUAUCGAACACCUUAAAUUAAUUCACUUUUUAAGAGAUUUUGUUGCAAAAUAAUAUAUUUAUCUGUAAUUUAAAAAUGUUUAGUUGAUCUUUUACUGUGUUAAAAGAAGUUAUUUUUCUAUUCACGGGGCUUGCUGUAUUGUGUUUGUAAGUUUACAUGUAAGAUAUAGUCACUGUGUAAUUUAUUAGACACUAGUUAGGCUGCUUAAAAUUUCUAUGCCAAUAAAAUGAUAGUAAAAA